AUGAGCGCAGAAGUGAGCGAAGAAGUGGUGGAGAAUAGCGUCGAGAAUCGAGUGAUAGAUCUGUUGAACAGUUCGAUGUAUUCCUCCUCAGAGUCGGAAAAGGUGUCCAAUUUAGUGAGACGGAAAACGAUGACAACAUUGCCUUUGGAUCCCUUUGGAUUGGAGGAGAAGAUGAGCGCAGAAGUGAGCGAAGAAGUGGUGGAGAAUAGCGUCGAGAAUCGAGUGAUAGAUCUGUUGAACAGUUCGAUGUAUUCCUCCUCAGAGUCGGAAAAGGUGUCCAAUUUAGUGAAAGUACAGCAACUGGUGCUCCACAACGACCUCCUCGACAACUUCUUGGACGAGAUCCUGGGCUUCCAGAACGACCGCGACGUUCAGGUGAGACGCUUUGUGGUGGGAUUCGUGGAGAAGACGUGCAAAAAGGAUUGCGAUUACUUCCCGAAAGUGAUUAUGAACUUAAAGGUGAUGUUCGCCGACGACAGCCCUAAUGUCGUCAAGAAAGCCAUUCAGACGUCCACUCAGUUGUACAAAGAGUUUCUCAAAUGGAUUUCCAGCGCAAAGAUCACUGAUUUGGUUGAAUCCACUUACGAGGUGUGGCUUCAGAUCAAACAGCAUUUGUUCGCUCUGUUGGACACCGCAGACAACGACGGCAUCAGAACCCAAGUCAUCAAAUUCAUGGAAAUGAUUGUCAUCUGUCAGACACGCAAAGACCAGUUCAGUACUGGCGAUGAUUUCUGCAUCGAUUCCAUGUCAGCGAAUCCACUGAUGGAUUUGGACGCUCUCGAGGAAGAGGCCAAACAAGUGUUUGAACAGCUCAUCAUAUUUCACGGCACGCCUCACAUAUCGAGUGUCAACUUAAUGGCAACGAUGCAGACGUUGACACUCAUUGCGAGACAACGAUCGCAGCCAUUCUUCUCGAAAGUGAUCCAAGCGUUGGAAGCACUUCACGCCAAUCUUCCGCCCACUUUAGCCAAAUCACAGGUCAAUUCUGUCCGAAAACAACUCAAACUUCAGCUCUUGAUUCUAUUGAAACACCCGAUCGCGUGGGCGUCGCCUCCCUUUCAGACACAGAUCAGCCAAUUGUUGACAGAUUUAGGCGCCUCUCAGUCGGAGAUCAAUAAAUGUCUGAAUGAGAACCGAAAGCGAACCAUCAAAACAGAGCCCAAAGACACUGAAGUGAAGCGAAUUAAGUUAGAAGUGGACGACGACGAAGACGACAACGAACCGCCAGUGAUUCCGCCCGCGAAGAUCACUCGAAACGAGGCCAACACUGCCAUUGAUAUCACCGCCGAAGACAUUAUUCCGCGUUUAAAUGUGAUCGCAAACGUGAGCGAUUUGGUUCUGGUGUCGAUGCUAUCAUUGCCCGACUCUAUGCCCGACCACUUUCAGGCCUCUUACACGCCUGUGGCCGCCGCCGGCACUACAUCUCAAAUCAAGCAUUUGGCACGACUUCUAUCCUCGCAAUUGACUGCCGCCGGACUCGGAAAAGGUGUGGAAGAGAUGGUCAACAAAAUGACAAACGCAUCGAAGAAAGAAUUAAAUACCGAACAGAACAUCGAACAGAACCAGAAGAUCGCUAUAGUUGUGGGCAAAACGAUAGCACAGGAGCUGAAGAAACAGGAACAACAGCAACAACACCAUCAACAACAACAACAUCAACAGAAAGUACGGCUCCAACAGUCGGGCAAACAGUUGAGUGGAAGCGUUCGACUCAAACAAUCGAAUUUGUCUGAGAUUACCAAACCAUUGAGUGAUGAACUCAAACAACGAAUGGCAUUGGAAGCGAUCAAUAGGAUUCUCAAAGACGACAAGAAAGUCUUUUUCUCCACUUCUCAGUUGGAGACAAGAGUAAAGUUAUUAGCGAUGCUUUCGUCCGAAUAUCACGACUCGUCUAAUAUUGAAUAUCUCAUCAAAAGCUAUGCGUUUGAAAACAUUAGGAAUAGACAUGAGAUUAUUUUUAACACACUUUACAAUGAGUUCGUUUUGGCCAAAAAACGGGACAAUGAUUUUACUCAUUACUCCCAGUAUUUAUCAAAAACACUUCAGGACUUAAUGACCAAAACAGAGCUCAAAGAUCGCGACCACUUUCUCGUGAAAUUCUAUAUUGAAUGUCCACUUCUGACCGAACAGUCUAUUGAAUUACUCAAACAUUUUAUAUUAAAUGACAACUUAUAUGCGUUGAGUGUGAAUAUAGGCAUUCAUAUAUUGAAAGAGUUAAUUAAAAAGAAACGAAAGCAAAGCGCAAACCUUUUGGCACUUUUGCUCGAUCUAUGUCUUCAUCCGGAAAAGUCAGACGUGAGGACACAAGCGGUGAAAACUGCAAAGAGUUUACACGAAUCUGUUAACGACAAUACGAUUCGACUCCCCAUUGAAAAGUCUGCGCUCAAAACGUUACGCUAUUUACUCGAAGCCAAACCGCCGACACUUAUUGACAAAGAAAAUGUCGGCGUUUGGAACGACGACAUCAUUAAGUUAUGUCUUGUUCUCUAUUUAAGUCUUUUGCCAACAAAUCAUAAACUUAUUCACGAUUUGGCGGUUGUAUACGUGGGCACAAGUGCUGACACGAAGCGUAUUAUCUUAAGAGUACUCGAAGGACCCGUUAAAGGCAUGGGAAUGAAUUCACCCGAACUUCUACUUCUCGUCGAAAACUGUCCGAAAGGCGCCGAAACACUAGUGACUAGAAUUAUACACGUAUUGACUGACAAACAGCCGCCGAGUUCUGAGUUGGUCUCAAGAGUGAGGGAUUUGUAUCAGAAACGAGUUCCAGACGUGAGGUUUUUGAUUCCCGUUUUGAAUGGUUUGUCCAAAGGAGAAGUGAUAGCAGCGCUGCCCAAACUCAUCAAAUUGAAUCCCAUUGUUGUCAAAGAGGUCUUCAAUCGCCUUCUCGGCGCUCACGUGGAGUCGGGAACCAAUUUUCAGAGUCCGUUAACACCGGCCGAACUUUUGGUCGCUUUGCAUACAAUUGACUCAUCAAAGUGUGAGAUUAAGACUAUAAUAAAAGCGACGAAUUUGUGUUUCGCGGAGAACAACAUCUAUACGGCAGAAGUGUUGGCUAUUGUGAUGCAAUUGUUGAUGGAAUGCAAUCCAUUGCCAACACUUCUCAUGCGGACAGUCAUUCAGAGUCUCUCACAAUAUCCCCGUCUAAUAGGUUUUGUGAUGAAUAUAUUGCAGCGAUUGAUUCUAAAGCAGGUCUGGAAGCAGAAGAAAGUUUGGGAGGGUUUCAUCAAAUGCUGCCAAAGAACUAAACCACAAAGUUUUCAAGUGUUACUCCAAUUACCGGCCCCUCAACUCAUCGCUGUAUUUGCCUCCAGUCCUGACUUACAGCCGGGUCUUAAAGAACACGUGGAAUCGUUUACAGAUCACCAGCGCUCGCAUAUACCGCAGCAGUUGUUAGAUAUCAUCUUUCAAUCGUCCGAAUCGUCGGAAAUGAUUGAUGAAAAGCAAACCAUCGAAUCUAAUGCCGAGGUUUCUGCUCAAGAGUCAGAGGCACCAGUCGUUGAACAGACGUCAACGUAGUAUUUGAUAAGAGUUUAUAAAUUAUAGUUUAAUUUAAUGAAUUUUAUCGCAAGUGAUUUGGUUUUAAAUUGUUAUCGAAAAUCAUUGUAUCCUAAAUUCCCAAAUAAAUUUAAUUUGAUUAAA